AUGCAGUGUUUAAUCGACACGGGUGCCGACGUGUCUGUAGUGACGAAAGGAUUGCAUUCAGCAAAAGUGAAACCAACGUCUAUGAAAUUGUUCGCCGCGAACGGGACUCCGAUAAAAGUGUACGGUGAGGUGUUACUCAAAGUAAAUCUUGAUCUACGUCGCGAGUUUCUGUGGACAUUCCUUAUCGCUGAUGUUUCGUCGGGAAUAAUCGGUGCGGACUUUAUAUGCAAUUUCGAUUUGCUAAUUGACCUGAAGCGAAAACGCCUCAUCGACAACGCCACGCGCCUCGAAUCGAUUGGUUCCCUUGCCAAAACCAGUGAAUACUCAAUCAAGACUUUCAGUGCAGUAUCACCGUACGCCGAAAUAUUGGCAGCCUUUCCUAGCAUCACUCGCCUCGCGCCUCCGGGUAUAAUGAGCAAAUCGUCGAUUGUGCAUCGCAUUGAAACGACCGGUCAGCCUGUCUACGCCAGACCACGACGCUAA